GGGAGAUGUCGGGGGGUGGAUAUUCGCGAGAAUUGGGGUUUAGGGUUUAGGGUUUCCUGCCUAAAGGCAGAAAGGAACGAAGGGGAACAACAUGAUGCAGUUCCCCUCAUGUCGUGUCUGCGUCCUUCGCUCACCAAGUAAGUCGAGCAGGUGUCUCUGUAGGCGAUAGUUGUCACUGCGGAGGCCCUCACACUCCUCCGGUAAUCUGUAUGUAACAGACAGAUGGAUCACAUGCAUCCAUGUGCCUAUCUGUGGAUGUGUCUCUCUCUCUCGACGCCCCACCCCCACACGCACCCGUCCAAGUCCCGCUGCUGCCUGUCGAUGACCUCCCUGUCCUCUGUGUGCUGACGGCGUAACAACCGACAAGUUUCUGACCGAGGAUAUUCAUAAAACACACACGCACACACAACGUGGCUGAUGCAUUCGUGGGCAUAUUCUCUUCUUCUUUUCACCUUCCUUCUGAGCGCAGUAUUCCCUGAGGGCCGUCAGCACCUUCUUCAGCUCACCGGGCGACCGGCAGAAGCCAUUCACCUCAUCCAAAGGCGCCAGCAGCGAAUCGAAACACACCCGCCCCUCACCAUCACCACCGUUGACCUCAUCUAACUCAUGCUCAUGUUCUGCACCAUGUGCACCCUCACCCUCACCAUGAACGCCAUUUAUCACGUUUGGCAUGGAGGGAGAUCCAUCCGCAGCAUCAGCAUUGGCUGGGGCACCCGCAUCGCGAUGCGGCAGGGGAGAAGCGACUUCAUCCAUUGCAACUCAGAUCCAUUCAUGCCGCUCCUGGCGCCUACAGGU